UCUCCACUACACUCCCCGCUGACCAGAGACGACGCUCCUCAGCGACUGCGAGAGGGGAUUUAAAUUAGACAAAUGUUAUCCGUCUCACUUGACGGACAAUGUAGCUUUCCACUUUCUCGCGUGGCCAGAGGUAAUUCGCUAUUUGCACUCCAAGAGACUAGCAUAACAUCGGUGCAGCGCGACGUUAGCUGGCUUGUAAUGUCGGCGCGGUUGGACUUGUUUUCCCCUCUAGUCCCCGCUUCCUGUUAGCCUUGGGCUAGCUGGAAAAUCGAAAUUAUGCUAAUGAACGAGCAUGUAUAGUUAACCAACGCCAAGGGGUGUUACUUGAAUACUUACAGUAGGCUAGUCGGCGCAGUUUAGUUGUAAUUUAUUCACGAACCCGUGCUAAUAACUUAGUUUUACCACCAGUCAUCGAGACGGCUUUGCUAACGCUCGCCAGCUAGCCCUCUUGCUUGUGUUGACGGAUUCAAGUAUUUAACUUGGCCAGCUUUUUAGAAGCCAAGAGCAAUAUUAACUUCAGUUGUUUGUUAACAUAGGCGUCGACGUAGCGCUCGCUCGUAAACUACCCAAAUGCAUGCGAAUAAAGCGGAUAAAACACUUUAUGUUACUGUGGGUAAAGACUGAUGGUGUUCACUGUGAAAAGACAAUAGAGAAGAAGACUUGUUCAUCAGUCGUUGUUCUGGUAACGAGGACACCGCGGAUAACCAAGAGAGACAUUAUACCUCUUGGGAUAUUGUUUUUUUUUUCAUUAUUAUUCUUUUUUUUUUGAUACUACGUGUUCACGUAGCUGUUUUAUUUUUGAAGACUAAAUUCUCGUACGUGGUCUGAAAAAAAAUAAUAAGAAAGACGCGGUUUCCGUCAAGUUAAGCCACACAUAUAAAGGGAGAGUGGAUGGAGUCGAUGCAGCUGGUGCUUGUGCGACAGAUGAGGGCUGCGCUUCCCUGAACCCACCUCUUCCAGGUACCUCACCUCGUUAUAUUAAAACAGUAGCUUUAAAUGCCCCUGAAAACACUCGCUGUGCCGGGCCGUCAGCAGAGGUAACCAGGGUAGGGGUGUAGAGAGGCAGAGGAAGCCGUCUGAAGAAGCGAGGUUCCUGGACGUGCGUCCCUCCAGCCUCUACCUCCAUCACAUCCAUCCACCACCGCCCUCCUCAUUCCCAGCCAUGGACCCCCCGAGGACUCGGUCGCGGUCUCGGUCUGGUUUUUAUCAUUUCGCCAUGAACGGCAGCGUCGGCAGCAACGGCGGCAGCAACGCCGUCGGUAACGGGAGCUUGAUGACCGCCAGCGGAGGAGGGGUGAGCUACCCGCAGCAGAGCAACCCCGGCUGGGCGCCGCAUCACGGAGGUCGCAGCUACCAGGAGAGCCAGCAGCAGCAGCACUCCCAGGGGAGCUACCUGUCCGCAGGGCCGCAGCGCCACUCUUCCCACGGAGCCCACAGGCACCCCGGAGCCGGAGGAGUGUUACAUUUUCAUCCAGAUAAUGUCUGCAAUGAGGAUCGGGACAAAAUGGAAGACAGCCCGAGCCCAAAAAGGCAGCGUCUUUCCCAGCAGUCCAUGUUAGAUCUAAGCUCCGCCCCUCCCUCCACUCCUUCCUCUCCCAUUCGCCCGUGGGAGCUGCCUCCGAGCCGCAGACCACACCCCCACUACAUGCCAGAGAGAUGCCACACACCUGUUCGAAAUCGUCGCAGCCCUCCAAUGAGACGCCAGCGUGGCCGAAGAGACCGCCUGACCCGCCACCACCACACGCACAACAACCACCACCCCUACAACAACAACAACAACCACCACCACCACCACCACCACCACCCCCCCAACGCCCACCACCACCACCACCACCACCACAUGCACUCCCACCACGGCCCGUCGCCGGGCCAUCAGGAUGAAAACUACCGCCACCCGGCUCCUCCUCCUCCUCAGGGUUACCCGCCCUACAGCCAACAGCCUCCCAGGGGACCCGGGCCGGGACCCGGGCCCGACGAACGCCCGGGUUACCACCCCCCUAACCCCUCCCCGAGGCCUCUUCACCAGUCGCCCAACUUGUCUCCCAGGCUGCUGCACCCUGCGGCCCAUCCGCAGCACCCGCACCCGUCCCAGCAACAGAGCAGCGUGAUGCUGGACCUCCAUGAGCAGGGUUCAGCUCCAGUAUCAUAUCCUGUGUCUCCUCCGGGGGCGCCGCCCGGCCUGCCGCCUCGCUCUGCCCCACAGCAGAUCCCAGCAUGCUCGGUGGUCUUCAGUGGACAGCACUAUCCCGUCUGCAGUGUCCCUCCUCCUGUCCUUCAGACUUGUUCUGUGCAACACUUACCGAUGCCCUACCCGUUUCCCUCGCUGCUCUCCAGUGACCCGGCCUUCCUCCUCCCCCCUCCCCACCUCACCCAUCCUCCAGCACACCUUUCUCACCAUCCACCUCACUUGCCGCAGCCGGGGCAGUUCGGACCCUAUCCGGCGCAGCAGGCCAGAUCGCCGUUACAGAGGAUAGAGAAUGACGUGGAGCUGCUUGGAGAGCAUCUGUCUCUGGGUGCUGGGCUCCACUAUCCCCCUGCCACCCACCCUGCCCUCACCCCACACUCCACACAGCUCCACUUCCUCUCCCACGACCCUCUGCCUCAGGAGUUCUUUGGAGUGUCCUAUCCAAACUUCAUUCCUCGGCGUCUACCAGGGCGACGGUACCGCUCGCAACAGCUGCCACCUUCGCCUUAUCACCCCAGCCUCCUGCCUUACUUCCUAUCAAUGCUGCCAGUCCAGCCCACCGGUCCUGCAAUCAGUCUAGAGCUGGAUGUAGACGAUGGAGAAGUGGAAAAUUACGAGGCCCUCCUGAACCUCGCGGAGCGCCUGGGAGAGGCCAAACUCCGAGGACUGACCAAGGGAGACAUCGAACAGCUUCCUUCGUAUCGAUUCAAUCCAAAUAAUCAUCAGUCUGAACAAACACUGUGUGUGGUAUGUAUGAGUGACUUUGAGUCCCGCCAACUGCUGCGAGUCCUGCCCUGCAGUCAUGAGUUCCACGGGAAGUGUGUCGACAAGUGGUUGAGGGCCAACAGGACUUGCCCCAUUUGUCGGGCCGAUGCCUCAGAGGUCCAGAGAGACUCGGAGUGACCACAUGAGGGAGCCAGACACUCCCCGUUGUCUGUCAGACACCAUCAGCACUGCCUGCUCCUGAUAUAUUGAUACACGUGCUCAGACACACACACAAACACACACACACACACACACACACACACACACACCAUUACCUUAAACCUCUGUGCAGCACUUUUUCUUCUUUUGUUAUUUCAUUCUUUUCUAAAAUAUUAUACCCCCUCUAACACGUCAUGUAAUUUUAUUUUUUGUUAUCUUAUUUCCUUCUCUCCGUUCUUUCCUGUACAUGCAUAUUGGUCCUCACAUUUUCCCAGCAAUGACCCACCAUCCUACAGUGGUGUGGGUGUGUGUGUGUGUGUGUGUGUGUGUGUGUGUGUACAUGUGCAUGCACCACAACUGUGCAAGCGUUGUUCGGUCACAACGUUGUUGGUACAUGAUUGUGUAUUUUGCGUGUGCGUGCGAGAGAGAGAUUUUUUGGUGUCCUGGAGCAUGCCUGAGUUUCUGUUGUGUAUCAGACAAAAGUAACGACAUGUGAGAGCUUUUUUUCCUCUCAUGAGUGACUGACUUUACUUCCUGUUUGUACGUUUAUGCACUGUCUGUCUGUAUGCAUACUUUGUGUGUAUGUAUGUUAUAGACUUAAUCCUUUUCUCUAGUUUGACACUAAGGGGUCCAUGCUGCCACUAUAGUUCUCGGUUACCAUUUUGAUCCAUUUAUUCAGUAGAUUAUUAUUAUUAUUAUUAUUAUUAUUAUUAUUAUUGGACCAUUAUAAGUGAUUGUUUUCCUGCCUGGCAGUUACCUCAUUCAUUCCGGUUUUGUUCUUCACUCGUUACAAGCGGUUCACUACUUGCGCUACUUGGAUAUUACGCACAUGUAUUUUUCUUUUCCUUUUUUUUCUUAGCAAAAAUAAGUUUGUCUGUGACUUUGCAGUGGCACAUGUUACAUAUAUAUAUCUAUAUAUAGAUAUAUAUACAUACUGUAUAAAUCUAUGAAUAUCUGUAUACCAAAUAAAAGGCUUGAUAAGAACUUUUUAAA